GUUGUGUUUAUGGAAUUCCUAUUCACUUCCUUGUAGUAUUCAGACCAUAGCCGAACAUCCAGAAGCGCAGUAAUUUUCGCAGCUUGUAGUUAAUAAAUGUUAAUGUAGCAUCAAGGUUUACAGCCGACAAUGAUUCCUUACACUGUCAACAUCAAACUCGCUGCUCGGACGCUGACUGGCACGCUUAAUUUGCAGAAUAAAACAGCCGUAGACUGGGGGUGGCAGGGGCUAAUAGCACAGGGAUGUCACUCAAGUAUUCUAAUAAUCGAUCCAAAGACUGCUCAGACCAUCCAGGUCUUGGAGAGGCACAAAGCAAAUGUUGUCAGGGUGAAAUGGUCAAGAGAAAAUUACUACCACAACUUGAGCUCUCCCUACUGCCUGCGGCUCGCCUCAGGAGACGCAUCUGGGAAGAUCAUAGUGUGGGACGUGGUCAGUGGGACAGCUCACUGCGAAAUCCAGGAGCAUUCCAAACCUAUUCAGGAUUUGGAGUGGCUGUGGAAUCAGGAUGCGUCCCGUGACCUGCUGUUAGCCGUUCAUCCUCCUAACUACAUCGUUCUGUGGAAUGGAGACACUGGAACCAAGCUAUGGAAGAAGAGCUAUGCUGAGAAUAUCCUCUCCUUUUCCUUCGACCCCUUUGAUCCGUCUAACAUGGCAUUGCUGACCAGCGAAGGAAUUGUUUUCAUCACAGAUUUUUCCCAUUCCAAACCACCAAGCAGUGCUGGGAAAAAGGUGUACAUUGCCAGUCCUCAUGCAAGCCCAGCACACACCAAGCCUGCACCUGCUGCAACUCCUGCACCUACUGGUGCCAAGAAAGCCCUUAAUAAAGUGAAAGUGCUCAUCACCAAUGAAAAACCCACUGCAGAGGCAGUGACGCUGAACGACUGUCUGCAGCUGUCCUACCUGCCAUCCAAAAGGAACCACAUGCUGCUGCUUUAUCCCAGAGAGAUUUUAAUCCUAGACCUGGAGCUCAGCCAGACUGUGGGUGUGGUGGCCAUUGAGCGCUCAGGUGUCCCCUUUACCCAGGUAAUUCCAUGCGCACAGCGCGACGCCCUCUACUGUCUGCAUGAGAACGGUUGCAUCACGCUGCGGGUGUGCCGCUCAACAUCUGCACAAGAGGAAGCAGCGGACCCAGAACAGAGUGUCCAGGAGCUUGUUUAUGACCUGCGCUCCCAGUGCGAUGCCAUAAGAGUGACUAAGACGGUCCGCCCGUACCGGAUGGUUAUUUGCCCUGUAAACGAGAACAAAGCUGCCCUCAUGGUCAGCGAUGGAAGAGUCAUGCUCUGGGAGCUGAAAGCACACACUGGGCGGUCAGUUUCCAAUCCAGGUUCUGGUUUGUCGCCUCUCUACUCCCCCGUGUCGUUUUGUGGAGCUCCUUUGGGUCCAAACCAGAAAAGAAUCCAGGAUCUUUCUCUCAAUAGCAUGAUCAGUCAGACACUGAUUGCUGGUGAGGCUCUUCCUCCAUCUUCUAACCAGCAGGAGGUCCAGCUGAAGUUCCUGCUCAUUGGCCUCCUGUCUGGUCUGCCACUUCCUCCGUUUGCCAUCCGCAUGUGUCCACCUCUCACCACCAAGAACAUCAACCACUAUCAGCCUCUUCUGGCGGCAGGCACCAGCAAUGGGUCUGUACUGGUGUACAACCUAACCAGUGGUCUUUUGCACAAAGAACUCAGUGUACACUCUUGUGAAGUCAGGGGGCUCGAAUGGGUGAGUCUGACCAGCUUUCUGUCUUUUGCCACUUCUUCCCCCAACAACAUGGGCCUGGUGCGAAACGAGCUGCAGCAUGUUGACCUUCCUACUGGCCGAUGCUUUGCAUUCAGAGGUGAGCGAGGGAACGAUGAGCCGCCCAUCGAAAUGAUUAAAGUGUCUCAUCUCAAACAGUACCUGGUGGUGGUGUUCAGAGACAAACCCUUGGAGCUGUGGGAUAUCAGGACAGGGACACUUCUUCGAGAAAUGGCCAAGAACUUUCCCACUGUCACUGCGCUGGAAUGGUCUCCCUCCCACAACCUGAAGAGUCUGAAGAAAAAGCAGAUGGCAGCGAGGGAGGCCAUGGCCAGGCAGACCGUGUCAGAUGCAGAGCAGAGCAGUGUUGAGUCCUCAGUCAUCAGUCUCCUGCAAGAUGCUGAGAGCAAAUCAGAGACCAGCCAGGCCAUCUCUGCCAGGGAGCACUUUGUGUUCACAGACACCGAUGGCCAGGUCUAUCACAUCACCGUCGAGGGCAACACGGUGAAAGACGGAGCACGGAUUCCUCCUGACGGUAGCAUGGGCAGCAUCGCCUGUAUUGCCUGGAAAGGUGACACCCUGGUGCUUGGAGAUGUGGAUGGCAACCUUAACUUCUGGGACCUAAAAGCUCGUUUGUCAAGGGGGAUACCGACACAUCGGGGCUGGGUGAAGAAGAUCCGCUUCGCUCCUGGUAAGGGGAACCAAAAGCUGCUGGUCAUGUACACAGACGGAGCAGAAGUCUGGGACACCAAAGAGGUCCAAAUGGUCAGUAGUAUAAGGUUUGGACGCAAUGUGAACUACCGCAUCCUAGACAUCGACUGGUGCACAUCAGAUAAAGUUGUGUUGGCUUCGGACGACGGCUGCAUCCGAGUGUUGGAGAUGGCCAUGAAGUCGGCCAGUUACCGCAUGGAUGAGCAGGACCUGACUGACCCGGUGUGGUGUCCUUACCUGCUGCUACCCCGGGCUGCCCUCACUCUUAAGGCUUUCCUUCUCCUGCAGCCCUGGUCAGGAACCUUCACUAUGGACAUCACUCAGGUAGAUUACAGUGAAAAAGUGGAGAUUAAAGGGCUGAUCCAGGAGCAGCUCAACUCACUGUCAAAUGAUAUGAAGAGCGUGCUUCAGGACUCAGAGCUGAGUCUUCUGCAGCGCUGCCUCCUUGUGUCACGGUUGUUCGGGGAUGAGUCCGACCUUAACUUCUGGACAGUGGCGUCUCACUACCUGCAGCUGUUUGCCCAGGCUCGUCAGCUAAGCGUGAACUCUGAAGGGGGGAACGACGAACCCCAGCCUCCGUCUCAGAACCACCUGGACAUUUGCCAUGAUGUUUUGUGUGAGAGUUCUUAUUUCCAGAAGUUCCAGCUGGAUCGAGUUCACUUGCAGGAGGUGAAGAGGUCCAGUUAUGAACACACCAAGAAAUGUGCUGACCAGCUCCUUUUGCUGGGUCAGACCGACCGGGCGGUGCAGUUACUGCUGGAGACGAGUGCAGAUAACCCCAGCUACUACUGCGAUUCACUCAAAGCCUGCCUAGUGACCACCAUCACCUCCUCGGGCCCUUCACAGUCUACAAUCAAGCUGGUGGCCACCAAUAUGAUUGCUAAUGGCAAACUGGCAGAGGGAGUCCAGUUGUUGUGUUUGAUUGACAAGGCGGCGGACGCCUGCCGCUACCUGCAGACCUACGGGGAGUGGAACCGAGCGGCGUGGCUCGCUAAGGUGCGCCUGAGCCCAGCAGAAGGCUCCGACGUGCUGAAGCGCUGGGCAGAACACCUGUGCUCCCCUCAGGUCAACCAGAAAUCCAAAGCCAUCCUGGUGCUGCUGUCCCUGGGCUGCUUUUACAAAGUGGGAGAGAUGCUGCACAGUAUGAGGUACUUUGAUCGCGCUGCUCUCUUCAUUGAGGCUUGUUUGAAAUCUGGGGUAAUGGAGGCCAACGACUCUUCCAAUAAACUCAUCGAGGCUGCGUUUCUGGACUAUGCACAGCUGUUGCGUUCGCUGGGCCUGCGGGAGGGCGCCGCUCUGUGGGCGUCUCGGGCCGGCAGCGCUGGAGAGCAGCUGAUGGAGGAGCUCUUCCAGGGGGAAGGAGGCGUUCCCGAAGCUGUACUUGGCGAAGACGAGGUGGAAGUGGGACUGGAGAGCACAGAGUGAGCGGGUCUCUGUCAGAACGCCAUCAUUAUGAAUGAACUCUGGAUCGGCAUCCGGGUGAUUCAUGCACAUCAUCUCUGCAUCGCUGAAGAGAAAAGAUGCGAGGUGUUUAUUUCUUGUGAGGUUUUUACUGGAAACUACCUGCGUCUGUGGCUGUGAUGAGGUUGAGGUGAUGUAAACGGUCUGUGUGUGUGCGCAUUUGUGUUCAUGUGUAGAUGCAUGUAACGGCCCAAGAAGAAACACACUUUGUGUCCACAUCACCUCUUUGUCACUCCAUGUUGCUUCCAUUUAAAUCCCUGAACGUUUGUUUUACAAAUACCGUGCUGGUAUUGGUGAUUUCAGAGUACUACUGUAGCUCUCUGGGUGUCACUGAAAAAAAUGAUCUCUGUCCUUUUGAAAAUGUGUUGUAGUGGUGCCCCAUGGGUGACUUUCUUGAUUUAUGAAUUGCACUUUUAAUUUUACACCUAAGACUUUAUUAUUUGAUUGGAGAACUUGCUUUAACUGGCCAUGCGAUUAUGCACAAAUACAUAAAAAGCAACUUGUUCUUUGAGUCACUCAACAAAACCUCCUGGCAUUUCCCAAUUUAUCAGUUUUAUAUGAGAACUGUCACUAUAGUGGAGACAUGAAUUAGACACAUGCUGUAUCUUAAUCCAUUCCAGUUAUCUUUUAUUAUCCUUUUGGCUGUUUCUAUGGAGACUUGCAACAGUUUGCCAUCUGUGUUUUUGAUGUUACGGUAAUAACUUUUGCUACAAGCAGAGCUAUCAAGCUGUUAAUCAGACCUCUGAAACAUAUAACCAGUCUGUGCUGCUCCCACAAUCAAAAAACCUGGCUUUCUGAAAUAAUCCCUUUCAUUCAUUCAUUCAUUCAUUCAUUCAUUCAUUCCCCUUAGAGUUUCUAGAUUUUUGUCAUCUUACAAGCACAAAUUUAAUUGCAGUUUAUUGGGAUUAUACUUCACAGAGUAACACAAAGUAGCACGAUUGUGAAAGUGAACAUUAAACUCAGAGUCUCUCCACCCGCUGUGCAUAUCCUGAGUAAAGAUAUCCUGCACAGUUUUCUUAUCUAAAAUGCUCAAACUCAAUUAGAAGAGAAUAUCUGUGGACAUCUGUUUUCAAGUCUUUCAUAGAGAUCUACCUCUGGACUUUGACAGGACCAUUUUGACACAUGACUUGUUAGUGAUUGCCAGCUAGAAGAGAGCAUUCUUGUCUCUUAAAAGCCACUAGCAGGUUUUCUCCUUAUUUAUUCGACUUAAUCAUUUUUGAUCGGCUUCCCACAGCAUGAUGCCGCCACCACCAGAUUUCACUGUGGGGUAGGUGUGUUCAGGGUGAUGUCCGGUGUGAGUUUUCUGUCUCACAAGUGACUUCUGAAGUUGACUGGUUCUGAUUUGUGCAAAUAUAUUUGCCUUCCGCACAAUUAUGUUCUACUUACAUGCUAAUAUCUGUCAUAUAAAAUACCAAUAAAAAGCAUUAAAGUUUGUGGUUAUAAUACAACAACAAAAAAUGUAUAAGGGGUGGGAAUACUUUUGUAUUGCCACCUGUUCUUCUCUCUCCUGUCUGGUUCUUUACAUGCUAAACGUAUCCUGAAGAUCCAAAUCAUCAGCGUAAUGUUGCAAAGAUUUUAGAGUGUUAGUGAUUUAAAAAAACAAACAACUGAUUCUUACUCUUAGUAUUGAUGUGUUUCAUAAACACACCAGUGGUGUUUCAUGUAAUCCAUGCUACUGUAAAAAACUGAAUCAGUGAUGCUAUGGUAACCCACGUCUACUGACGGCUUCGCUAACAUACAUGGAGGACUCGCAAUUAGCUGUAGUAAUCUUUCCCUGUGUGAAGGCAUCGUGGAGACGUGUACUGGUCUUAUCCAUUUGACAACAUGUUUAACAAUAUUUUGCUGCUUUUCUUUAUAUGUACAAUGAAAUUAUACUGUUGAAAAUCCUGGCAUGUAGACAUGUCUUUAACUGUAUAUUUUCUAAGAAGAAAAGUCCUUAAUGUUUAUCUUUUUUUUCUUUGUCUAUUGUUAAAACAGUGAUUCUGAAACUUUAUGGCAAGUUAAAGAAUAUAUAUGUAUAUGAAUGGUAAAAAAAAUGUGUUCAAGGUUUUUUUUUCUCUCGCUUAUAUGAAUGUUAACACAAGAGGGCACUCUUGUCUCUCAAAAUCAGUUAAACACCUCCAGCAUUUUGUGAUAAUACCAGAAAGGUCUUUUCAAUAUUAUUGCUGAUACUCUGCGAAUUCCAACCCAGGUAGGCUGAAUUUUAAUGUUUGCUCAUUUAUCAACCUGUCCUUGAAGUGAAUUAGUCCCAGCAUGAGCCACUUCCGCAGUUAAUUAACUUCUUUUCUGCUCGGGAGGCAGACCAACAGCUGGCCUCAGCUUGCUGCCCAGGUCUAACCGUUUUUUCCCUUUUCAUCGCCUCGGAUUUAUUCUUCGAUCUGUAUUCUCCUUCUCUUCCUUGCCCCUCCAGAAAAGAAAAAAAAAAAAAACUCGACACAAAGAAGAAGAAAAACUGUCUGGAACACACAGGGCUCCCAAAUGACUUGUUUGUGCUCCUUUUAAUGGCUUGAUGAAUAACUGCCGGAGAGCUGUUGCAGCCAGAUCAUCUGUAUGCAUGCAGGGCCUCGCUGCAGGUUUUCUCUUACAAUCACCGUGCUACCUAAAACAGCAACUCCGAUCCAGCUGACCUGACUUUAUAGCUCUUUUUUCCAACUUACUUGCUUCUUUUCUACUUUUUUUUGCACCUAAAUGCAACCUCUCAGACUUAUGCCUUCACUGCGCCUCCUCCAUUGAUUUCUUUGAAGGCUUGUUUCCAUCUGCUGCUUGGCCCCUUCUGAAACUGGAAUAAAAGCAGGCACGUCCUGAGACCCAAAGCUGUGAGAAGCACUCAAAGGGCUCUGUUCUGUUUCAUGCACAGGUUGAAAAUCAGCAGCAGACACCAGUAAAUAUUAUUGAGCUUUUUAUGUUGUAGACCACUGGUACAACAGUAGAUACUAAAUUUUCCAAGUACUUCUAUUAUUUUUUUAACAGUAGUGCAACAAAUUUUGAACAUUUUCAGAAAUUUUUUUUUAAUGUAAUUAGCAGUUGGGUUGAUUGAAGGAUAGUGACCUUUAUUAAUUUUUUCCCCCAUGCGUUCAUGAAAAAUAAACUUGGAAGUUUGAAAAUUAA